CAAUGUUUGGGCUGACACUUCUCAACAAGUCUUAACUUAGAUACGGUACACAACCGUUUGCUGCCAUUCUUCAUUGUUUCUGAUUCACGCGAUGCAAAUGUUUAAAAACUUUCCUGAGAAAUGUAACUUUUAAUAUGUUAAUGAGCACAGUAGGUCGUUUCUCCACCAUGUAUUUAAAGCGCCCAGUGCGCAUGUUCUUGUACCUUGGGGUAGGCAUGACUCUCUAACACCAAACACUUGAGAGUCUCUUUGAAAAGCAGAAUGAGCUUCAGCAGAGGGACCAAGAACCGUGAGUUGUCUGCUCGGUCGACGGGUGGUCGUCCCGUUAGCAAAAUGAAAAGCAGUGUGGAAAAUGAUGAACUGGGUAACUGGGCUCAAAGUGCAGACCUCACCCCAGACACAGUCAAACUUCUGAAGAAAGAAGGUUUCACUUCCCUGCGACUACUUCGCCGCCUGACGCCAGAUCUUCUCGCCAAAAGUUUCCAGAAACGCAUUCCCUUAGCUCAGUAUGUGGCUCUUACAGCCGCACUAGAAGACCUGAGACAAGAGUCGUCUACAGUCAAACAAAGUGAACGUCGUGAAAGUGCGACUUCACAUGAGGAAGAAGAAGGGACCAAGAACCGUGAGUUGUCUGCUCGGUCGACGGGUGGUCGUCCCGUUAGCAAAAUGAAAAGCAGUGUGGAAAAUGAUGAACUGGGUAACUGGGCUCAAAGUGCAGACCUCACCCCAGACACAGUCAAACUUCUGAAGAAAGAAGGUUUCACUUCCCUGCGACUACUUCGCCGCCUGACGCCAGAUCUUCUCGCCAAAAGUUUCCAGAAACGCAUUCCCUUAGCUCAGUAUGUGGCUCUUACAGCCGCACUAGAAGACCUGAGACAAGAGUCGUCUACAGUCAAACAAAGUGAACGUCGUGAAAGUGCGACUUCACAUGAGGAAGAAGAAGAUGGUCAUGAAACACUAUUUCAAGUGCUGGGAAAGGUGGUCAGUAACAUUAAAGUUCAAAGACAACAGCAGACAAAGCAACCGGAAAAGGGGGCAGUUGGAAAUGAACAAGUGCAAGGAAAGCAGCGAAAGUCUUCUCUUCCACCAUUAACUUCACCUGCGCAGCAACAGGAGCCACGAUCGCCAUCGCCAACACAAUUGAAAACAGGUGACCCACGUGAUGCAAAUGAUGACGAUGAAGAUGAGCAAGAGCCAUCUUCUAAGUCUAAGUUACCACUUUCGUCAUUAUCUCUAGAGAAUGGUGACAAUACAGACGCCUGGCAAAGUUCCUACCUCUUGGAUCCGUCAUCAAGUCAAACGAUUCGAUUCUUCCUAAUGGGAAAAACGGGCGGAGGUAAAAGUGCAACUGGAAACACCAUUCUUGGAGAACCACUCUUUGAUGCUGAUCUCUGCUUCAGCUCAGUUACCAGUAAAUGUUUUUAUAAGAGGAUAAAGCGCAACGGUAUUACUAUAGAGAUUACAGACUCACCAGGACUGUGUGACACAAAGACAUCAGAGGAAGACACCGCUGGAAAAGUUGUUCAGGCCGUCGCGGUCAUGCAUCCGGGUCCCACGGCCUUCCUAUACGUCAUUGGGAUCGGCCGUUUCACGGAAGAAGAUGAAGGUGUUUACAACAGAAUCAAGAGUCUGUUUGACGACAGGGUCACUGGGUACACCAUCAUUAUCUUUACACGAGGAGACGAGUUAAAACGACAGAAUAAGAGAAUAGAAGAGGUUCUCAGCACGGCGCCCGACGCCUAACUAAGGCUCUGGAGGAGUGCGAAUACCGCUACGUGGUGUUUGACAACUUUGCUGAUGACAAACAGCCGCAGGUGAAAUCUCUGAUACAAUUAGUUCGUAAGAUGAGUGAGGGAAAUGGGGGGACACCUUACACGUGCCCUAAGUACGAGGAAGUCGGCGAACAAAUUAAUGAGGAGGUGGCCAGGAGACUGAGGAAGGUACAGGAAGAGGAGAUGAAGAGAAGAAGUAUUUACAAGAGCUGGUGGAAAAUCUGAAGCUAGCAGAACAAAAGGCAGAACAAGAGAAAAAGGCUUUCGAGAAAAGGGAAGCGGAAAGGGAGGAAAGGAUGAAGAAAGCAGAAGAGGAAAGAGAAGAGAAAAUGGCGGCAUUGCAGAAGAUGAUAACUGAACAAAUACUCAGCACUGAGCAACAAAAGGAGGAAGAGAAAAAGCUCCGUGAAGAAAAGGAACAAAUCAUUAAUAAACUUCAGAAGGAAAGGAAAGAUGAACAAAUACGUAUUGAGAAACAGGAAAAAGAAAAAGAUCAGUUGCUUAAGGACAAAGAAGCAGCUUUGAAAGCAGAGAGAGAGGCCCACCAGAAUUUCAUUAAGGCGAAGGAGAAGGAGGAGCAGAAAAUAAAGACUGAAGUCGCACAGAAAUCCAGAUGUAUUAUUUUGUAAAGUUUUGGCUAAGACUGAGUCAUAUUUGUACAGUAACUUUGCCCACUGACACGCUUUACAUUAAGCAUUCUAAUACUUUUUAUUUUGUGGAUAAGCUAGAAUUAUUUUACAAAAUACCCUCUUACGUAAGUUAAAAAUCAGCCACAAAAACAGCUAACACAAAUUAGGUGGUAGUAAAAAGAGAAAGAAUAUAAAAUAAUAAAAUAGAAUGUUACUGUUGAUUAUGAACAAUCAUCGUCUCCACGAACCAAGAAAGGUUGGUGCUAAUAAAAUAAUUGUAGAAAUCUGUCAAACAUAAAGACUACUACGCUAAGAUAAGCAAACAAGAUGUGGGUUUGCUUUGGUAGUUUAUCAACUCAAAUACAGACAACAGACUCGGCAAAGUAAACUUUGUGGUAGCAAAGAAUAAUAGAUGAAAUAUGCUUUGUCUUGCAUAUACUUGCACGAGCAAGGGUACAGGAUUCCUCGGGUAGUUUCUGUUGCUAUUUUUAUAUGUUACUGUAAACUGAAUUUAAACAUCGUGACUUUAGUCAAACUUAUUCAUGGCGCGGCUUUAGUGUAGCCAGAGAGGAAAAACAUGUACUUGUGAUAUUCUAUAACCUGAUAGUACAUGUUUGGUAAGGGCGCACGUAUUAAGUGAAGCCACUAUCCCUUUCUCCUCUUUUUUCCGAUCUGUGUGUGUGUGUGUAAAGCUUAUUUAUGCGUCUAAUGUGCCGUCUAAAAUUAUAAAAAAAAUUUUACGAUUGUUUGACAUAUAUGCGUACCAAAAGAGAGACUACUGCGUUUGAUAACUUGAAAGGAACUAUUUAGCCAAGCUUGAAAGGGGUCUGACAAACAUUCUAAAUGUAAUCGGUGGUUAGUAACAAUUACUCACACAUACACGAACACAUUGUUAUACCGUUUUGAUAAUAAGAUUCCUUGACCAAAAUCUUUUAGAAAGAUUUUAGGAAAAGUAUUUAGAUAUAAUAACUAAUAUUUGAAAAAAUAUAUAUAUAUAUCAUUUUAUACUUCAUUUUUAAACUUUUAAACAUUUUCAAAAUGCUUACAACUAUUUGUGUGAGUGUGCCGUUAUUACCUGAAUUAACAAUAGAAGCUGUGACUAUGAAAAUAUUACAAAACAAUCUCGAAAUGCUGUUUAAUUCUCUUGUGUAGUGGGAGAACUUGUUUAGGGCAGCGUGUGCUGCUGACAGUGCUUGUUCGCUAUACCCCGAAUACCCUUCCACCCAAGCUUGAUCGCACGAGCGAAGCAGGGCGAGAAGGACAGCAACAGCGGGUGACGUAGUAUCCAAACUGUUCAGUAUAAAUGGCAGACAACAGUCAGUGCUUGUACCUGUUUACCGAAAGGUAAAAUCAGCAAAACUCUGGUUCUCAGCAAGUGAGAAUUACUAUUCUGCAGCAAGGUGCUAUGGUCCCGUUGGAAAGCGGCUCGCAUCUCUCAAACCCCUCUUUUUCCACCCCAGGGAGUUAGGUGGCAGCUUUUAGUAGACUAAGUAUGAAUAGAUAUAGUAGCUGUAUGUGUAAAUUAUGUAAAUAAAUAUAUAUCUUUAAACUUA